AUGAACCCAGAGAACUUCACUUGGGUCCGGGUUGCCCCUGCUGAGUUCGUGCUCCUGGGCAUCACAAACCGCUGGGACCUGCGUGUGACCCUCUUCUUGGUCUUCCUGCCCGUCUACCUAGUAAGCCUGCUGGGAAACAUGGGCAUGGUGCUGCUGAUCCAUGUGGAUGCCCGGCUCCACACGCCUAUGUACUUCUUCCUGGCCAGCCUCUCCCUGCUGGAUGCCUGCUAUUCCUCAGCCAUCGGCCCCAAGAUGCUGGUGGGCUUGCUGCAGCCCCGUUCCACCAUCUCUUACACGGCCUGUGCCCUCCAGAUGUUUGUCUUUGCGGGCCUGGCUGAUGCAGAGUGUUGCCUGUUGGCAGCGAUGGCCUAUGACCGCUAUGUGGCCAUUGGAAACCCUCUUCUCUACACAACAGUCAUGUCCAGGGGUCUGUGUCUGGCCUUGCUGGGAGCAUCAGGCCUGGGAGGGGCAGUGAGUGCCUUUGUGCACACAACUUUCACCUUCCGCCUGAGCUUCUGCCACUCAUGGGAGGUCAACAGCUUCUUCUGUGACAUCCCACCGCUGCUGGCCAUCUCAUGCAAUGACACCAGUCUCAAUGAGCUCCUCCUCUUCGCCAUCUGUGGCUUCAUCCAGACAGCCACAGUGUCAGUUAUUGCUGUCUCUUACGGUUUCAUCGCAGGAGCUGUGAUCCGCAUGCACUCUGCUGAGGGCCGUUGGCGCGCGGUCUCUACGUGUGGCUCCCACCUCACAGCUGUGGCCAUGCUAUACGGAACACUCAUCUUCAUGUACCUGCGUCCCAGCUCCAGCUAUGCCCUGGACACUGACAAGAUGGCAUCUGUGUUCUAUACCCUGGUCAUUCCAGCUCUCAACCCUCUCAUCUACAGCCUGCGCAACCAGGAGGUCAAGGAUGCACUUUGGCGGACCUGGAGACGAUUCUGCCGUCCAGGGCAAGGCACUGGGGGUUGGGCCCAGGAGGCUGGGUAG